UUUCUGUUAUUUGAAUUUUAUUCACACUUCUCUUUCAUGAAACAUUUCCAUGGAGUUUUCUUCUUCACCACCUUCCGAUUCUCUCUUUCAUCUUAACCCCAUUUUCCUCUUUACAUCUCUCUCCCUUAUCUCUCUCACAAUUCUCUCCUUCUCUCUCUACAAACGCUUCUUCAAAACACAAAACAACCACCCAAAAACCCAACCUUCUCACAAUUCUCCUUCACAACCCGACCCAAAUAGCCCGACCCAUUUGAAAAAAUCGGUUCUUUUUCAAGUUCUACCCUCUGACCCUGAUUCAGUUUUGCAAAAUUCAGAAGUAAAGAAGAAGAAGAGGAAGACAAAGAAGAAGAAAAGAAUGAAUUUGGAAACUGAAGAGAGUGCAAAUACGGGUUCGGAUUCGGGUAUUAAGCUUGAACCCGAUUGUUUAUAUCCGUUUACAUCUUCAAGUAGCGUUUUGCAGAGAAAAAUCAAACAGCAAUAUGAUGAGCUUGUCAAAAGCAAUGACUCCAAGAAAUUGACACUGCCACAGGUUGUCAAGUUUGCUAAUAGUUUGAUUGAUGCUAGGAAUGAGCUACAACACAAGGCUGACGUGAUUCAACGAAAGUUUGUAAUAACAAAGGCUUUAUUAUGUAAGGCAGACAGAUCUUCUUUCGACCGACUUCAUCAGCAGAUAUACAAGCUGGAAUUAGAACAAAAAAGAUUAGAGGAGGAUGCUUUUGUUUAUAACUCACUUCAAUACCAGCUUAAACUCUCACCUGCAUACCAGAAGAUGCUUGAACUCGGAGCUGGCGUGGAGAACGCGAAACAGUGUGAACCGGGAGAGAAUAUAGAUGAUGAAUUUAGUGACAUUUCCUUUGAAGAAUUAUUAGCACAAGAGAAGAAGGAUUCAUUUUGGUUAGUUUUAUUUCGAUUUUUUCUCCCCUUGUAUUUUUUAAGCUUGUAAUUGGUUUUGGAGGGUAAGGGUUUUUGUUUGUAACUCAACAUAACCAAUUUUUCUGUAUUUGCACAGGCAAAAAAAUGGGAAAUCAAGAAUGUGCUCAAGCUAAUUUAUAAGAGUACUAGUUAUGCUAACUGUAACCUUAGGUAGUUUAGUGUGUACAUUAAAUAUCUAUAAAUAGUUUACUGUCACAGGAAUGUUCUUUUUGGUUCUUUGCCUUUG